CGACUUCAGUGCAACAAACGGCAGCGAAGAAAAACAUUGUUCUUGCGUGCAUUUUCGGUAUGAUGCCCGAUUUUUCGGUGCUUUGCGCUUAAAUGAUUGCUUCCAAGUGCCGUUUCCGGGACGGGAAAUAGUGUAGUGUAAAUUGUAUUUACCUUCCCAGAUUUACAAACAUGAAACCAGGCUAAGCGAGAUUGCGUGUUCGUAGUGUUCCCUAUCGGUGUGUUCUCUACGUUAGUCAAUUUAUGUUUAAAGUAAGCAAAGCCUCGCAAAGAAAAAAACGGUGGCCAUAAGGAUGCGUUAAGACGUGCAGAAUAUCCUCUUAGCUCUCGUACAGUCCAUUGCGGUGGGCAUCAUAGUCAAUCUACAAAGGUCCGAACGGCCGGACUUAACCGCAGCUAGUCGAUGCCGGCAACAAGUGCAUCUAGUCGUACAGCAGCAGCAGCAGAAGCGUCAUCCAACAGCAACUGUGCACGAUCGCGAAGAUGAUGACCGAACGGCGGAGCGAUUUUGUGCUUAAAUCCGGCUACAUGGUGAAGAGGUCACAGAACAAAAAGCGCUUCACGCCGGUCAACUACAAGACGCGCUGGUUCGAGCUGACGCGUUUCUAUCUGUCGUACUAUGAUAUUGGAAAUUUGGAGAAACGACGCGAACGGGGCCGGAUCAGUGUGAAGGGUGUGCGGCUCGUCGAACCAGCGCUACUGCACGGCGAGGGUGGUGAUGCAGCGGCACCGGAUGGAUAUCCUUUUCAAGUAGGAUACUGCGAAAGUGACGGCAUCUAUCCGGGAACGACACUGCCCCAGUACACACUGUAUCUGGUGGCGGACAGUGAGAAGGAACGUGCCGAGUGGAUCUCGUCGAUUAGGAAAGUCUGCGAGGAGUAUAGUCCGAAAUCGUUUAGCUACCAUCUGGGACUUUGGCUGGGCAGGAAGUGGUCCUGCUGCAGAAGUUUGAAUCGUCGUGCGCUCGGCUGUCAGGUGGCAACGGUAUGGCCGGAGUACAACAAUAAUCCAAGUACUGGAAGCUCUCCUGCCCAAAAUUCUACCCGAAGUACCAGCCCCAACGUACCGAACGGUCACCUGCCGUUACCGCAACAGCAGCAAUCGCAGGUCCAUCCCCAGCAGCAGCAACUGCAACAUCACUCCGGUACGGUGCCGGUGCUCCAGGCCGUACCACAGUCCACACAGCAACACUCCCAACCGCAGCAGCAGCAGCAGCAGCAUUCCCAGUCCCAUUCGCCCUCGCUGCAGCAUCCUGCCCAGCAGCAGCAAGUGCACCUUCAGCAGCAACAGCAGCAGGCCGCCCUACAGGCGGCCCUCCAGCAACAGCCGCCCCAACUGCAACAGCAAACAUCGCAACAGUCAUCCCAUCACCUUAACAGCAGCUCGAGCAGCUUAGGCAACAUAACGCCCACCUUCGUCGCACAGCCACAGUCUCCGACUGUGAAUUCCUUUAAAACGGCGUCCCUCAACGGUGUUGGUUUGCACGUGAACGGCGGAGGGGAUUUAAAUAUGCCCGGUGGUCCAACGGUAACGCCUGGAACACCGAACACAAAGGCAAAGGAUGUAUCACCACGGGUGAAGAUCGUCGUUGCGCUCUACCCCUUCAAGGCAAUCGAAAGUGGUGACCUUUCCCUCGAAAAGAAUGCCGAAUAUGAGGUGAUCGACGACUCACAGGAGCACUGGUGGAAGGUAAAGGAUCAGCAUGGCACGAUCGGCUACAUUCCGAGCAACUACGUCAAGGAGAAGGAGCUGCUCGGACUGCAAAAGUACGACUGGUACGUGGGCGACAUGUCCCGGCAGCGUGCCGAAUCACUACUCAAGCAGAACGACAAGGAAGGCUGCUUCGUGGUUCGCAAAUCGUCCACCAAGGGUCUCUACACACUAUCGCUACAUACCAAAGUACCACAAUCGCACGUGAAGCAUUACCAUAUCAAACAGAAUGCUCGCAGUGAGUUUUACCUGUCCGAAAAGCACUGCUGUGAAACGAUUCCGGAUCUGAUAAACUACCAUCGCCAUAACUCCGGUGGGCUUGCCUGUCGCCUUAAGACGUCACCGUGCGAUCGUCCAGUGCCACCGACGGCUGGUUUAUCUCAUGACAAAUGGGAAAUUCAUCCCUCGGAAUUGAUGAUCCUGGAGGAGCUCGGUUCGGGCCAGUUCGGUGUGGUACGGCGUGCAAAGUGGCGCGGAUCCAUCGAUACGGCGGUGAAGAUGAUGAAGGUUGGCACCAUGUCCGAGGAUGAUUUCAUUGAGGAAGCUAAAGUUAUGACUAAACUCCAACAUCCCAAUCUGGUGCAGUUGUACGGUGUUUGCUCGAAGCAUCGGCCCAUCUACAUCAUCACCGAGUACAUGAAGCACGGAUCUCUGCUAAAUUACCUACGAAGGCACGAGCAAUCGUUGAUCGGCAACAUGGGACUUUUGCUGGAUAUGUGUAUACAGGUUUGCAAGGGUAUGUCCUAUCUCGAGCGUCACAACUACAUCCAUCGCGAUUUGGCCGCACGCAACUGUUUGGUUGGUUCGGAAAACACCGUCAAGGUGGCAGACUUUGGGCUGGCGCGGUAUGUGCUCGACGAUCAGUACACCAGCUCCGGUGGUACCAAGUUCCCCAUCAAAUGGGCCCCGCCGGAGGUGCUUAACUACACGCGAUUCUCCUCCAAGAGUGAUGUUUGGGCAUACGGUGUGCUGAUGUGGGAAGUGUUCACGUGUGGCAAGAUGCCGUACGGUCGCCUAAAAAAUACCGAAGUCGUCGAACGCGUCCAGCGCGGCAUCAUACUGGAGAAGCCCAAAGCUUGCGCAAAGGAAAUUUAUGAUGUCAUGAAAAAGUGCUGGUCCCACGGGCCCGAGGAUCGUCCCGGAUUCCGAAUACUGAAGGAUCAGCUCGCUGCCGUCGCCCAGGGACUCACCGACUAGAGUGUCCUUGAGCCGAGUGUCCGAGAAGUUUUUGUUAGGCUAAGUUUGAUAAGCUCUCCCAGCUCGAAACUGUCCGAAUCGAUGACUGCAUUAAGGCGAUGUGGCAAGUGUUAAUCUCUUCUUUAAUCUUUCAUUUCGAUUAUUUGAGUAUCUUUUUGUAAAUGUAAAAAAAUCUCUAGCCGAGGUAAUUUAGUAAUCAGAACGGUUUACGCAACCAGGGGUUUUUUUGUGCGUUGGCAAAGGAAUUGAACCUGAACACGUGCGAGCGAGUGCCAGAUUUAUAUGUUCUAGUAUACGUUUGGGUUCCGUGUGCGUGUGUACGUAUGUAUGUAUGUGUGUGUGUACCAGGUGAAGGCAUCGUGUGGUUCUCUUCUUUCCCAUGGGCGACGCAAACGUUGAUCGGAAGCAUUAAAACUGACUGAGUGAACGAGGGACGAGCUAAGAGCUAGGCUUAGUAGGAAGUGGAACACAAUAAAUCCGAGUUGCGCGAAUACUUGCUUCCUAUGCAGAGGGCAACACCUUCAUACAUAACUAUUCGUUAUAUCGUAAAAUCUACUGAUAUACCUAUCUAUAAAAAUACACAUGAAAAUGGAGUGCAUUUGGUCGGAAUAUCGCGAGUGAUAUCGAAGUCCUUGGUGGACAAAAGAAGCAACGCCAGAACAUCACGAGUGCGAGUAUUCCAAAAAGUACGUUGUGGUAUUAGAUUAUGCAGGCAUAUUAACAAAACAAACAUACACAAAAGGAAACAAAAACAAAACUCCCAAUCUAUCGUAACAUACCAGUUCUUCUACAUACCUUCCAUGGAACACGUGGAACGACGGAAAAAAGCGAAAUCAAACUGCUAGAGAGCUAGAUUAUUCAACUAACGCAAAACUGCAGCCGGCCAAAGCAGCUGCUGCCUGAUGGGAACAUUGUAGGAAAGUGUUUAAGUGAUAUUUAAGAUUAUAUUUACCCGGGUUCCCAUUUUUUGUUUUCUCUCGCUCCGCUAGCAGUUCGUUGUGUUUUUGGUUCUCAAUUUCAUCUCACCGUGAAGGAUAUGAAUAUUGCGUCCUUCUUUUGUCUAUUUCUGUGUGUGUAUAUAGGUUGUAAAAGUGGAAUUAGUUUUUUCUUCUUCUUUUAUAUUAGUUAAUGUAAAAGGGCAUCUGUCCGCUGUCCAUACAGGCUUUUUGGUGCAUAUAAAGGGAAACUCCUCAUCCAGUAUGGGGAAAGCUUCAACCGUAUAGUGGAUUUUUGUUUUGCAAUUUCACGGAGGUUGUUGCGAGCUGGCAACAAUCAGAUUUUCUUCUUCUUUUUUGGCCUAACGACCUCCCUCGUCAGGCAUGCCGUUUUUGGCUUCCAAGAAUUUGUUGAUACCGCAUAGCUGAUGGGAUUUGAACUUCGGUACGGUCCAUCAGAUUCCCCUAUAUGAUUGCCAAUUUCUCCUAAGCAGCAGAAACCUUCCCCAUAAUGAAUGCAAUAUUCCCUCUAUACGCAUCAAAACCCCUGUAUAUCUCAAACCUCAACCGUUUAGUGAAUUGUAGCUUCCUCAUAAUAACGCUGUACAAGCAAAACGGUUGAUAAUUCAGGUGUAGCGAUGGAAAUACGUCCCGUAGCGUGUACUACUAUCCCCCCUCCCUAUAGAUAGAAUUAUUUGUCUCGGUAUUAUUUAAUCAUAACCCGCAAAUCCCGAUCGCCCGGAUUCAUAGCCCGGAUAUUGGAUGAUACAAAUGAUACCGAUGAAACUCAGCGCUAGUAAACCUUGGGGCGUAGCUGACAGAGGAGCCGCUUCUACCGAAUACUAUUACUAUGAACUACUACAAACUAUUACCCCCUAUUACAUCCUACUAAGCAAAUCGUUAAUAUCAAAACAAGCGUGAGGAACGUGGAAAUGCCAUUCGAUUUUCCUUUUUUUUUGUUGGGAUGUGUUAUUCCACAACACAAGUCAACGUCCAACAUGUCGACCAGUAGUAGUAGUAGCAGCAGCGGACUCGAACGUCCGCCACAGAUGGAUUUGAAAUCAAAAAAAGGAAACAAACAACACACACACACGCAUCCGUUUAGCAGGGGCUGUUAGCAUGAUAGCAAUAUCGAGAUACGAAGGUUAAUAAUAAUACAACUGAUAGGAGGCAGGACAUAGAGUGCGAGCGACAGAGCUGGUGGUAUUAUACUAGUAACUACAGGUAAGCAUAGAUAUCAAAAUGUCAGCGGUCAACACAAGCAGAAACAAUUUACGUGAAGAACAAGCUAAACAAGCUGAUUAGCCGAUUAGAUCGUUUGGUUUUUAUUCCGUUUUUCGAGCAGUGCGUACCACGCAUUCCGCACCGGAACCGAAAACACUCAACUCAAGCAAGCAUCAACCGACAUAUUGGGAGAGUUAAGAUAAGCGAAACCAUAUGCAGUGGAAUAACUAUAUAUAUACUAUCAAAAAAGGAAGGAAAAGCUAAUCUAAUUGCUAAAUAAUGCAUAGUGAAAGGAAAGUUACACAAAAAACGUUCGACUGAACCGCCGCCGGUCAGUAGUGUCGUGCUGGAUGGAUGAUGCUCGCGUGACAAGAAUUCACGCUGCGACCAGAAUGCGUUCAGCAGCAGUAAACGGGGCAAGAAAACCGAUGGAAAUCUUAUUGGAUAGAUGUCGAUCCAGAUUUUUUUUACACUACAAAUAAACAAACAGCAAAAUGUCUUGUAUGAAAUGAAA